AUGGCUAUUCGGGCAGCCUGUACAGCUUAUCAGAUAUGGCUGGCCAGGAAUGCCCGUGUUUUUGGCGAGGGUAGGCCGUCACCGCGUUUUGUGAUGGAGCGGGCCAGUGCUCAGGCAGCAGAGAUUAUACAUGUAGACUUAGGCCAUAGACCUUUGAUAGCUCGGGAUAUCUGGGGCCCCCAUUCUGCUUCGGCAGCUUCACAUAGGGUAUUUUUUACCUCGGAGCCCCCACCCCCGAGUUUCCUCAAGGUCAAUUUUGAUGGCUCAGUCUUGGAUGGAGGUAGGAGAGGAGGGGCUGGUUUUGUUAUCAGGGGGCCGAGCUCUGGUGUGGUGGUGGCAGGGGGAUGUCAGAUUUUUGACACUUCGGUCCCUGGGGCAGAGCUGCGGGCAGCCUGGAUGGGUAUGUGCUACGUGCGGCGUGUGCUUCAGGCGACUUCAGUCCUGUUAGAGGGUGAUUCUGCUACUGUGAUUAGUUGGGUCCGAAAGGGCUCGUGCAGCUAUGGGGGAGUUCACCCUCUGAUCCGUGACAUUUGGGAUAUGGCGAGGGAGAUUAGGUUCCAGGCCAUGCAUGUAUAUCGCGAGGCCAAUGGGGCGGCCGAUUGGGUGGCGGCAUAUGUUGCGAGCCACUCAUGA